AACGGAGUACUAGCAUUUUUAAUUUUAUUUUUUUUCCUUUUCUUUUCCCCAUUUUCUGGUAUUUGUUUCCGUUUAUAUCUCAAUUUUAUAUUUUGUGAUCUCCAAAUAUUUCAUAUUCCGCACCACACGGAUGCAUAAAUUUCUUCCUUUACACGCACAAGUGUUUCUCUUUCAUAACAACUCUUCAAUAUUCAGACUUAUUAAUCUCUUAAUUGUUAGUAUAAAGUUUAUUUAUCAUUAUCUAUUCGGGAAUUUCUCCAUAUAUACUUUGAGAAAUACAAGGAAAAAAAAACCUACCAGGAACUGAAUUGGGUUCUAUUUUGAUUAUAUUCUUUAUUGGGUUUCAUUCAAUUUUUUUUGGGUAAUUGACUGUUCUUUGCUUGCUAAUUGUUUUGAUUCUUGGGUAAUUUUUUUUUUCUGAUUUUUGGAGGACAAAGUUCUGUUUUGGACUAUAUGUUCUUGUGAAUGGUGUCCUAUAUUGGUCUCUUUUGCUAGUUUUGAAAUCUAGGGUUUGACUGUUUCCUUGUUACCUGUAGUGGGUCGGACUGUUUUUCACCGAGAAAUUAUAGUUUUCUGAUUUCUUGGUUUAUUCUUUGGUGUUACUGAUUGAAAUUUAGUUGAUGAUAUGUUGUGCACAGAAUGAAUAAUCCCUAGUUGAAGUUUGAAAUCUUUUAUUUCAUGGGUGGUCUCUUUUUGAAUUAUAUAGGGUUCUGAACAUUUUUAAUCCGACCACUAUAGACUGAUUUUGUUUUCUAAAACCAAUUCAAUGAGAAAUAGGGGGAGCGGAGAGGGAUAGUCGAAACGUAUAAAUCUCGGGCUGGAUUGACUCAUCUAACCCACCCUUCAGGAGGUUUUUCCGAAGUUGGGUAUUCCUUUUUAGUGUGAUUGCUUAUAGGAUGAAGAUUUUGUGUCUUUUGGUCCAAUUUUUUCAAGAGAGAAACUGGUUUUGCUUGGAGGAAUAGUACUAAAGUAGGUUAGGAGUUGCACUGAAGAAAAGUGUGGGUUUUCCUUUCCCCCUUUUUAUUCAUGUUUGGAUAAUGUCCAUUAAUAGUGUUAUGGAAACAAGUGAGCCUACAUUAGCCCCCCAAUGGUUAAGGAGCAGUAGACAUGUGACAAACUUCGUCUGUGCGUCAUCCCCGUUGCAUCCAGAUGAUCCCGCCCCAUCUAAACAUGCAAAUAAGAGAUCACUGUCAGUGAAUAUGGACAAUAAACAUUGGAGGCAUCCUGCUGCAUCAGAUAGAGCCAUCUCAUCACAGACCCGGUGGAGCCCCAACAGUAGCACCUCCCCUAACUUUCAAUCUUACAAUAGUUUUAGAAAUCAUCAUCAUAGAGACAUGGAUAAAGACAUUAACAAGUACCGAGAGACAUCAACUUUAAGAAAUCAUAAGUCUAGGGACUUCUCUGAUACUUCGAGGAAACAUCACUGGGAGGAAGGGUUAAGACAGUCACAGUCAAUGAUUUCUGGUAGAAUUAAUGAGAAAUGGCCUAUGAAUAUGAGUAAUGUUGGUAAGAUCAAACUAACCGACAACAAUGGUGCACUUGCUUCCGUUAGUGGUGCUGAUAAAGCAAUUGAAUGUGGCAUCCGACCCCUAGUAACUGAAGAACGACAAGCAUCACCUGGUGCUGAUAAAGCAAUUGAAUGUGGCAUCCGACCCCUAGUAACUGAAGAACGACAAGCAUCACCAGGCCUUGGAAGAGUCGGAUCUCCUGGUUUGGGUACCAUGACUCAGGGUAUACCAACAAGUCCAUCAGGCACUACUGGCAAUAAGUUGGCAUCUGCUCUAGCAGAUACUCUGGCUGUGGCCGGUAAAGAUAACUCUGGUCUAUCUUCCAUGAAACGAGCUGCCUCUUCUGGACCUUCUUCUCCAAUUUUUAGCAAGUCAAUUGGCAGGGGUCUUAAUAUGGCUGAAACUGUUGCGAAGGGUCUUCCUUGUGCUCAGACUAGUUCCCAGCUAUCCCAAGCAAAUCAACGACUUGAAGAGCUUGCUAUGAAGCACUCUAGACAAUUGAUACCAUUGAAACCAUUGGUAGCUAAGGCCUCGGUGCCAAAUCCUUCUGAUAAACCAAGAACCAAGGUUGAGUUGCGGCAACAAACUGUCUCAUCGUCUCAUCCUGUCAGUCACAGUCUUUCAAGCAUCUCAAGCAGGCUUCAUGUCUUUAAGCCAACAAGAGAGAGGAAUGGUGUUUCUUCUGUUGUGAACUGUAGCUUGAGCCCAAAUACACACAGCAAAGGGCCAAAUGCGCUUUUGGCCGUUCCCGUGUCUGCUUCUACACACAGUCCAGCAAAUAUUGUAGCUUCCUCGACCUUUGAACCCAAGCCUGUUGGGACAAUGAUGCAAAAGAAACUAUCAUCCCAAGCUCGGAGUCGGAAUGAUUUCUUCAAUCUUAUGAGAAAGAAAUCUAUUGGAAGCAGUUCAGCUGUCAAUGUUGAAGGAUGUGCUGUAUCACCAUCAUCUUUAUAUAACUCUGGUGUUUCAGAAGUUUUGACUGCACAUGGUAUCGGUCAGGAUCAAGACGCCUCACUAUCUGAUGAGAUCCUUGGGCAAUCAACUGAGACCAUGGGUGAAAAUACAUGCCGCGACUCUUCUGACGGAAAUAAUACCGACAAGAGUUUUUCAAAGUCUGAUGCAAUCUUGUGUUCAGACGAGGAAGAGGCUGCACUUUUGCGUUCUAUGGGCUGGGAGGAAAAUGCUGAUGAGGGCGGCCUUACAGAGGAGGAGAUAAGUGCCUUCUACAAAGAUGUUGCAAAGUGCAUCAAUUCGAAGCUGUCAUUUAAGACAAUGCAAGGCGUACAAUCUAGGUUUCUGGUGCCUCUCCACUCUGGAAUUGGAGAUGUUGGUGCCAUUUCUUCUUGAUACAGCUCAUCCCAAAUGCUAUACCAAAAUGGUUGAUGAAUUUUGUCGGUACUUUAUUAGAAAUGGGAAACUUUUCUGAUCCUUGUCUUGUUCGUUGGAUAGAUUUUGUGGGAAGCAAUGAGAAUAGAGAAGGCUAGGCAGUGUUUAAUGUGCUUUUCCAGUCCUGUGGAUGGAUUCUGAUUGGUUUUGACACCUUUAUACUUCAUAGACUCUGGUUAUAUAGAUUGUGCCUUUGAUAGGAGGGUUGGAAAAUAAUUUCUUAAGAAUGACCCUAUUAAUUAGUGUUAGUUAAAAUAGCUGCUUCAACUUUACAAAAGAAAAUUGUUGCUAGAAAUCAACUUUGCUUGGAUUGAAAUUAUGAUAAUGUGUAUGCAGCAUGUUGAAAAUGUUAGGAUUUGGUAUUGUAUCUUUAAACAAGAGGUUGGUACAAACAAUUAUUCUGCUUCUU